AUGAAUCCCUAAGUUAGAUAUAGGCCUCCUCUCCCUAAAUUCGACUAAAAAUUAAUAGAUAGUAAAAAUAUCCAAGAAACCACACAGAAGUUUGUGUUAUAGAAGUCAGACAAGAGAAGGUUUAAAUAAGUGAAUUAACUGAUUGAUGAGAUGCUUAAAAAGCUCACACAAGUUAAUUUUUAAUUCCUAUAAAAUUUAAACCAUGAAAACAUCAAAGUUCAAUGUUUAGGAAUACUAGGGGAUGAAUUAAUAGAAAAAGUAAAAUCGAAAAAAUAUUCAUCGAUAGCCUGUGCAUUGA